GCGUGUGACAUCACUCCCACUUGCUUGACUUGAAACCAGAGGCGAGGUUUAGGGUUUGGGGAACAAGUCCAGGAAGCUGUGCCAACUGAUAAGACAGAAAACGUAUGUAGCUUAAAACAGACGUUUUUAACCUAUUAUUUUAGGGUUCGGUUUAGAAUUGGAAAUACAGCUUCGAUUUGGCGUGUGCAUUUUUGCCCGUUGGUAUACUGUAUGGUGUGUAGCGGUACACACCCUGACUCCCGGACAUGGCAGGUCUCUGUGGUCUGAAGACCCUGCUGCUCUGGGCUGGAAUCAUUGCUUGGAUCAACUGUCAGUCCCCACAAAAAACCAGUUCAUCAGACGAAUCCUCAUCUCCACGCACUGUGACAGAAGCUUCUGCCACGCCUUCAGUCACUUCCCACACACCUCCACUCACCUCGCCAACCCCCUUCUCAGACCCCUCGGUUAAGGCAGCUGACACAUCUGCCACCACACAAGCCCCUCUAUCUGCACAGUCCAUCUCACCCGUCUCACCUCCACGCACCGCGACAAAUUCCACUUUUCGCUCAGAAACCAGUUUAUCAGACGAAUCCUCAGCUCCACGCACUGUGACAGAAGCUUCUGUCACUUCCCUCACACCUCCACUCACCUCGCCAACCCCCACCUCAAACUCCUCGGUUCAGGCACUCGAUUCAGCUGACACAUCUGCCAAUCAGUCAUCUCCUGCAAACACCUCAGACUCACCCACAACCACUUCAACCAACCAGACACCAGACUCUCAGUCAAACUCUUCUCAAAACCAGACCUCACCUCCAAUCACCACCUCAUCUACCAGCCAAGCCACCACACAAGCCCCUCCAUCUGCACAGUGUGAUUACACUGUAACACCCAUCAAGUUUGGCUUCCAGAUCAACAUCACAAGCUCUACCAAUGGUACCUACACCAUAAACAUUGAGGAAGAAGGCCUAACUCGGGGACAGACUCAGUACCAUCAGCAUCAGCACUCCAAUCAAAGCUCAUCACUUGAAAUCCAGCACCUGAAGCCGUGUACUGAAUAUAAACACAGUGUGACAUUUAUUGAUAAUAACGGCAACGAAACAUCAUGUUACCACGCUGGAAAUAAAACUAAAACAAUUGACAUGAGUCAAAAUGACAUUAAAGAAGUUGAGAGAUGCUCCCCUGGAUAUGUUUGUUACCACAGUGAUUGGAACAUCACGUCCUCAUUAUCAGCAUCAAAUAAUAAUCCAGCUGAGUCAUGCAUGAACGACAGUAAAACGUUGUGCAUCGAACUUAACAACAAUGACUUUUGCUCAGAUCUGACAGUCAACUUCGCUUCAGGAAACUGUCCUUCCUUUAGCCUCACCAAAAGCAUCAGUAUUGAUUUCUUAAAUCCAAGUAAAAUAACAACAACAGUUCAAAAUAAACUUCCUGGGGACAUAAAAGUGGAUUUAGCUGCAAACUGUAAUGUCACAGAUGAUUACACAUGUGUGGAAUCUGGAAAUUCCAACAAGUACAAGACCCCGUCGGAGCUGGAGCCCUUCACAGACUACAGAUGUGUCGGCCACAUUAAGGACAACGUCACCGUGAUAAACAUACCUGCUUUUAACGUGACGAUUGACUGUAAUGUUACGAUAACCACUGAGCCGAAACGUGUCACCAAUACAAGCGUUGAUUGGAGUUGGACCACCAAGAGCAUCAACUGUUCUCACCUUUCUAAACUAGAGAAGUUUUCUUACAACUGUAGUUGUUCACCUACUGGCCACAAAGGUGAUGGAGGUCGAGUUGGAAAAUAUUCAAAAGAAGGAAAAUGUAUUAUUUCUGGACUGACACCAUACACCAGUUACACCUGUGGAGCCCAACCCACCUACAACAACGUUAAGACACCUUCUGAAAUUCCACUUCCUGACAUUGAAACUAAGCCUGGAAUACCAGAAAAAACUCCUAAAGUGACGCUGACCGUUCUAGACCAUAAUGUCAUUAAAGUAACCUGUCACCUUGUAAAAUCUUUUUAUGGACCCAAAAAGGAAUACAUUGCAAGACUUCAUUAUGAUAGUGACCCUGAGAACGAGAUACAAGAAAAGAAAGAGGAAAAAUGUGACUUUGAAUUCAGAGAUCUAAGUUACUUAACAGCCUACAAAGUGAAGGUGACUACUUACAAUGGAGAAUUAGAGAGUGAGCCUGUCACAAAAGGUGUUUCCACUCAAUACGACAGCAAAGCUCUGAUCGGGUUUCUGGUCUUCCUCAUCAUUCUCACGUCUGUUGCUCUGCUUUUUGUCACCUACAAGAUUUACAUUCUCAAGCGCAGAAAGUCCCGUGACAUGACUGAAACCUUGAUGCUUAUCUCAACAACAAAUGAUGAGGAGAACCUGUUGACUGUUGAGCCGAUCGCAGCAGAGGUCCUGCUGGAAACCUACAAGCGGAAGCUGGCUGAUGAGGGAAGACUUUUCUUGGCUGAGUUUCAGAGCGUCCCCAGGAUAUUCUCAAGGUACACUGUGAAAGAGGCCAAAAAGCCCUACAAUGCGCCCAAGAAUCGCUAUGUGGACAUCCUGCCAUAUGAUUAUAACCGUGUCCAUCUGACCACCGGAAAUGGAGAGACAGGAUGUGACUACAUCAAUGCCAGCUUCGUUGAUGGGUACAAGGAAUCCAAAAAGUACAUUGCAGCUCAAGGGCCGAAGGAUGAGACUGUGAGUGACUUCUGGAGGAUGAUCUGGGAGCAGCAGUCCUCUAUCAUCGUCAUGGUAACACGCUGUGAAGAAGGAAACAGGAUCAAGUGUGCGCAGUAUUGGCCGUCUCCAGAGCGAGAGACGGAGAUCUUUGAAGAGUUUAUAGUGAGGCUGACCUCAGAGGACCAGUGUCCGGAUUACACCAUCCGCCGUCUCUCCCUAACUAACAAGAGGGAGAAGAACUCAGAGAGGGAGGUGACCCACAUCCAGUUCAUUAGCUGGCCAGACCAUGGCGUCCCAGAGGAAGCACAUCUCCUCCUAAAACUGAGGCGGCGCGUCAAUGCUUUCAAAAAUUUCUUCAGCGGCCCCAUCGUCGUUCACUGCAGCGCGGGAGUCGGCAGGACUGGCACCUACAUCGGCAUCGACGCCAUGAUGGAAGGUCUGGAGGCAGAAGGCAGAGUGGACGUCUACGGCUACGUAGUCAGACUCCGCAGACAGAGAUGUCUCAUGGUUCAAGUAGAGGCACAGUACAUCUUGAUUCACCAGGCACUUCUGGAGCACAAUCAGUUUGGAGAGACUGAGAUCACCCUGUCUGAGCUCCACAGCACACUGAGCACGCUCAAACAGAAAAACGCAGACAACGAACCCACCUUACUGGAGGAUGAGUUUGAGAGACUCCCCACUUAUAAAAACUGGAGGACAUUCAACACUGGGAUCACAGAAGAAAACAAGAAGAAGAAUCGCUCUUCAUCUGUCAUCCCAUAUGACUACAACCGGGUGCUGCUGAAGCUUGAUGAAGGACGCAGUCGUGAUAGCGACCCUGACGACGAUGACGACGAUGACUCAACGGAUGAAGAGGAUGAGGAUUCCACUAAGUACAUCAAUGCCUCCCACAUAAAUGGUUACUGGGGCCCACGUGCCCUCAUCGCAGCACAGUCUCCACUGCCAGACACCAUGGCUGACUUCUGGACGAUGGUUUACCAGAAGAGAGCGUCGACUGUUGUCAUGCUCUCAGGCUGCAGUGAGGGAGAUAAGGAGUCUGACUGUGUCUAUUGGGACAAAGACAAGAAAACAUUUGGGGACUUUGAGGUAGAGGUGGUGAACACAGACACCUCCGCUGCUUUCAUCAGCCGCAACAUGGUGAUCCAUCAUGUCAAGAGGAAAGACAGUCGGUCGGUGAAACACUUCCAGUUCCUUAAGUGGGAGAACGUAGAGCUGCCAGAGAAACCUCAAGAUCUGACAGACAUGAUCAAGGACAUCAAGCGCAGCUGUGGCAGCGGCAAGUUGGCGAGGAGCGUGCCCAUUGUGGUCCACUGCAAUGACGGCUCGUCCCGUUCAGGGAUUUUCUGUGCUCUGUGGAACGUGCUGGACAGUGCUGAGACAGAGAAGCUGGUGGACAUCUUCCAGGUGGCCAAAACCCUACGCAAAGAGAGGCAGGGCAUGUUCUCCAGCCUGGCCCAGUACCAGUUCUUGUAUGACACACUGGAGGGCAUCUUCCCAGUCCAGAAUGGGGAAGUGAAAGCAGUACAGGCCUCUGCAGCCGACUCUGUGCAGAUUGUCAAUGAAACCAAAGCAGCGGAGCAGCCAGCUGAGGAAAAGGCUGAGCAGACAGUCAGCACUACCAGUAACGGCCAGCAGGGAGCAGAAGAAAGCGCUCCUCUCGAGGCUGGUGGAGGCCAGGAAGACAGAACAGAGGAGCCUAAAAAAGUUUCCACAGACAUGACACCACUGGAGGACACUAACAACGGUCCCACUGUCACUGUGGAGGGCUGAGAGGGGCACGGCUGUGCCUUUCACUCCUGGAAACCAGCGCUUCAGAGCUCAAUGCUUUUUCAAAAUGUAGUUCCUGAAUGUAUAAACAAUGUAAAGCUUUAACACAGUGUGUUUUUUGUUCAGGUCUGUUAAAGAAUUUGAUCAAAUGUUUUAAUGUCAAUUACCAAAAAAUGAAUGAAUUAAACUAAGUUAUAAAUAUUUUAGUAUUUUAGUAGAAAAUAAUUUCUGGGACCAGUUUACUGGAUGCUGUUAUCAAACUUUAGAAUUAUGGUAUAAUUAGAGAGACACUGGAUAAAAUAUUGUUUUAUACCCCUUUAUAUAUGAGUUAUGACUUAUGUAUUCAUUUACCCGCAAAAUGCACAGAUGCUAUGGUCAACGUUUUUAUACACCUCUUAUAACUGAAUAAUUUAGUCUUUAAGUUCAAAGUUUGUGAUGUGACACUGUGACAUUUCAUUAAAAGAGACGUACAAAGAGGAA